AUGGAGAAGCCGGAGUCUCUCGCACCUGUUAGUGGCCUCAGUACGGAAUCCCCUGGCGGGGUUCCUAGGGCAGUACCUGGAGGUGUCAGAGGUAUACAAACAGACACCGGAUUACCCUCCGGAGUAGCCUUGUUUCGCGGUCCUGGCUCCCUCUUGCAUUCCGGGAACCCUGUAGUCCGCAGUCCUGGUCCAAUCCAACCCUCUGAAGGGCCAGGGACCCUCAAUUCGGGACCCUGUCCGAAGUCCAGCACAACCCCUGGCACUGGAACUGGUGCAACUAAGACAUCUACUCCUGGGCCGGAGGAACCUAAAGUGUACAACUCGGAGAGUAGUACACACUCCGGGACAUCUUUCACGGAGCGGCCUCGGAGCAUCCUAAAAAACAGCAGCUCCAUUUUGAUAAAGAAACCCUCCAGUUCAGAGAAGAAGUCUCAGCGCUGGGAUGAGAUGAAUAUCUUGGCUACCUACCACCCUGCUGACAAAGACUAUGGCUUUAUGAAGGCGGAUGAGCCCAGAACCCCCUACCACAGGCUGCAGGACAAUGAUGAGGACCCAUCUGCAGAGUCAUCUCUCAAGGUGACUCCUGAGUCAGUGGCAGAGAGGUUUGCCACAAUGGACAAUUUCCUCCCCAAGGUCCUCCAGUAUGGAGACAACAAGAGCUCAAAGACCACAGACAGCUUUGCCAAGACAUAUUCCAGUGACUUUGACAAGCACCGAAAGAUACACUACAGUGAAGGGAAGUUCCUGAAGAACCCGAAAAACCUGCCCUUGACCACUGAGGAGGACAGCCCUGGGGCCAGUGCCAGCAUCAGCAGCAGUAAUCAAGGUGUGGCGAUGGACCUGAGGCCUGUGGAGAAAGUCUGGGCAGGAAGAGUGGCCACAGGAGUCAAAAAUAACACUGUCCUGAUGACUGAUAGCCAUGUCUUAAACACCAAUGAUUCUGCUACCUGUAGAAACCAGUGCCCCUCAGCCUCAGACUGUACCAUGGGGGAGCUGGCUAAUCUACAGCGCAAGGAAUACUACAGCAAAGGAAGGUAUCUGAGGUCCUGCUCCCAUCCAGAGCUUGGAGAGGACAUAAACAAUGAAGAACAGGACAGUCCUUCAGGUUUGACCUGGGUUACUGAGAAUCCCAAAGGUACUCCUGUCAAUGGUUCACAGGCAUCCAACUGUUUGACUAAGGGGCUGAGGUGCCGAAGCCCAGGGAGCUCAGAAAAGGAACGUGGAAGUAACCAGAACCAGAACCCUCCAAGCUGGAAUGGACGUAGACGUGAGCCUGGGCCAAGGCAAGGGGAUGAAAGCUUGCGACUCCAGUGGACUCAGGAAAAAGAACCUAGACCAUGGAAAAUGUAG